AUGGGUGAAAACUCCUUUUUCGAUUUGGUUGGGGAUGAUGUUGAAGAAGGGAUUUUAUUAAAGAUACAAUGUGAAAAAUCUAUCUUGAGAUGCACCUCCGUCUGCAAAUCAUGGUGUUAUUUGAUAAAAUCCUCGCAAUUCAUCAACACUCAUCUAUCUCGUCCAGACAAGACCAAAUAUCUCUUCUGCAAGAGUGUUCAUGCCACAUGCAACAGUCACAGCGUCAUGGAAUAUGGUUUUUCUUUAUAUUCUGACAGUGCACCAUCUGACAAGUAUUGCACCUCAGUGUUGCCCUGUAUUCCAGCCGGAGUACGGAUCCGCGGCUCCUGUAGUGGAGUGAUCUGCUAUUCCCUGUACCCUGAUUGUCGAGGAGAUAUUUUUCUAUGGAACCCUACUAUUAGAAAGCUCAAGACUCUUCCUCGGUCUCCAGCCAGACGUCAUAUCAGUAGAGCUAUUGGAUUCUGGUUUGAUAAAGACAAGAACGAUCACCUGAUAGUGAAAAUAACGUAUACAAAUGCAAGUCAAAUGUCUUCGGUUGAUGUGUAUAGUUUGAGCAGUAACUGUUGGAGAACAAUCAGUGAUGCUUGUCCAGGAGCAGGUGAGGAUUCUAUACUGGAUGUCAAUUUAGAUUAUGAUGAAGGAACACUGCGCUGGCUGGCUUUGCAUGAGCAGAGUGGGAGAAUUGUUACAUUGGAUAUGAAUACUGCUGAGUUUCGACAGACAUUGAUAAGUGUGUGUUAUGUCUAA